AUGCCAAAAGAGUGGAGCCCUUUAGAGCAGACGCUCCGGGGCCACACGGGCUGGAUCUGGAGCGUAAAGUUCUCCAACGACAGCAAGGUCGCAUCAGGGUCUGCUGACAAGACUGUGCGGGUAUGGAACAUCGCCACAGGACAACUCGAGCAGACACUACAAGGCCACGUAGGUCGGGUCUGGGGCGUGGCGUUCUCGCCGAACGGGAAAAGGAUGGUGUCAGGGUCAGAUGAUGAGACAGUGCGGCUAUGGAACGUCACCACAGGUCUACUCGAGCAGACACUACAAGGCCACGCAGGCCCGGUCUGGAGCGUGGCGUUCUCACCGGAUGGAAGUCGGGUGGCGUCAGGAUCUGAGGAUAUCACAAUACGGGUAUGGAACGCGGCCUCAGGGCAAGUUGAGCAGGUUCUAGAAAACCAUGCGGGUAUGGCGUACAGCGUGGCGUUCUCACCAGACAGCAGCAAGGUAAUAUCAGGGCAUAGUGACCAGACCGUACGCAUAUGGGACAUUACUACAGGAACAGUCGAGCAGAGGCUGGAAGGCCACGCAGGCUUAGUCUGGAGCGUGGCGUUCUCGCCGGACGGUAGCAGGGUGGCAUCAAGCUCCGAGGAUAAGACCGUGCGGAUAUGGAACGCCGCCACAGGGCAAGUCGAGCAGACGCUGCAGGGCCACACAGCCGAGGUCUUUGGGAUAGCAUUCUCUCACGACGGCAGUAAGCUGGCGUCAGGCUCUAAAGAUAAGACUGUGCGGCUAUGGAGCGUUGCUACGGGGCAAGUCGAGCAGACACUCGAGGGCCACACAGGCUGGGUGGGUACAGUGGCGUUCUCAAUUGAUGGAAGUCGAGUGGCUUCAGGAUCUGGCGACCAGACUACAGUGCAGCUAUGGAACGUUGCCACGGGACACAUCGAGCAGACGCUCGAGGGCCAUACAGGCAGGAUUUGGAGUGUGGCGUUUUCGCCCGACGGAAAUCGGGUGGCGUCAGGAUCUGGCGACAGUACAGUGCGGGUAUGGAACGCGGCCUCAGGGCAAGUUGAACAGAUUCUAGAGGACGGUACUAGUUGGGCAUACAGGGUAGAGUUCUCUCCAGACGGCGGUAAGGUGAUAUCAGAGCAUAGCGACCAGACAGUGCGCGAAUGGGACAUUACUACAGGAGCAGUCGAGCAGAGGCUAGACGGCCACGCAGGCUCGGUUUGGAGCAUGGCGUUCUCGCCGGACGGUAGCAAGGUGGCGUCAGGCUCUGACGAUAACACCGUACAGAUAUUGAACGUCGCCACAGGGCAAGUCGAGCAGACGCUGCAGGGCCACGCAGGUCAGGUCUGGAGCGUAGCGUUCUCGCGGGAUGGAAGCCGGGUGGCGUCAGGAUAUGACAGUGCAGUGCGGGUAUGGAACGUGGCCUCAGGGCAAACCGAGCAGAUUCUAGAAGACUAUGCUGGUAUGGCCUACAGUGUGGCGUUCUCACCAGACGGCGGUAAGGUUAUAUCAGGGCAUAGCGACCAGACAGUACGGGUAUGGAACAUCACUACAGGAGCAGUUGAGCAGACGCUAGAGGGCCACGCAGACUCGGUCUUGAGCGUGGCGGUUUCGCCGGACGGUAGGAAGGUGGCGUCAGGCUCCGAGGAUAACACCGUGCAUAUAUGGAACGUCGCCAAAGGGCAAAUUGUAUCUGCCAAUUACCAGGUUGGGAUUAUAAAGUUCUGGACUGGGGUUGAAGCAGGCAUUAUUUAGAACUACAAUUCUGAUAACCCUUCAUUUAGCGGCUUUUUUUUUUUUUUUUUUUUUGGGAGAGUUUCUAGAGAACCUACCCUUCAAAGGUUUGCCGAUCUUCUUCUGAAACCGUCUACACCCAUUGUAUUUACUAUGGAUUAGUCGCAUGUACUAUGUUACCGUGGAAUAUGUAUCUCAUGGCUAGAGCUGAUCGAUGAUGGAGGGCACGGAGCUGCAACCCGUCAAUUAGAUGGUGAGAACCAAACUAUGUCAUCUCCGGCGUGGGCAGGUAGUGGAGGGAGCCUGGUCGGCGCUUCUCGUUUGACGUUUAGUUGGAGGGUAGCGUCGUCUGCCUCAGUGAGCCCCGGAUUGACAUAAUCCUAUCGCACGGUUAGAUCUGAUUGACGAUAGAGGGCACAUGAAGAGGUUCUCUCAUGAGCUGAGAAGGGGUCAUAGGGUAGGCGAGUCGAC